AUGGGUAGAAAACAAAAGAAUAAGCGUAAAAAGAGUGAUAACAGUGACAAUAAUGACAGUAUAUGUAAGGCGGGAAGAUAUGCAACUUCGCCAGAGCAGGUUUGUGUCAGUAGUAUUCUAAAAACGGCAAAUUCUGUGCUAUUUAAUGACAGUAGUGAUACAGAAGAUAGUUUAAAUCAGAGUAGAGACAGUGUGAUAAAUGAAAAAUCGUCAAUUAACGGAAAUAUGGCAACAGUGCAUACCCCACCCACUAAUACGGGACAUGAUAUAAAUGCUAUUGAAAAGGCAGAAAGUUCCGAUUUCAAUUUAGGCCUAACGAAUGAUAAACUAAUUACAAUGCAAAGAGAGAAUAAUGCUCUAAAAGAUGAUAUUGUCUAUUUACAAUCGCAGUCAAUGCGGAAUAACCUUGUAUUUGCGAACAUCGACGAAAGCCCGUCAGGGGUGCUGGAAAAUACGGAGCAAAAGUUAAGAGAAUUUUUGGAGCAAAAUAUGAAGAUAGCUAAAGAGCAGGUGGAGAGAAUGGCGUUUGAGCGAGUACAUCGGAUGGGGAAUAAAAUACCAGGUAGAACAAGAAAUAUCGUUGCGAAAUUUACACUAUUCAAAGAAAGAGAAUUAGUUCGAAAACAAUGGAAAACAUUAGAUAAAACCAAAUAUUAUGUUCAUGAACAAUUCCCCAAGGAAAUUAUUGCAAAGAGGCGAGAAUUGGUGCCAAAGAUGAAGGAAGCGAAGCGGAACGGUCAUAAUGCUUGGAUCUCAUAUGAUACUUUAUAUAAUGAUAUUUUUGAGUUUGAAAAUGAAGGGUCUGUAUUUUUGAUCGGCGAUUGGAAUAGUCGGGUAGGUCUUAAGGCGGAUUAUAUUAUAUGUGAUACUGCUAUUAAGUCUAUAGAUAAUGAUGAUUAUAUUCCCGAUAUAUCCUCCGUCAGGGCCUCCUGUGAUAAAACGUGUAAUUCUAACGGAAUAAAACUUCUUGACUUAUGCAAAUCUACGUGCUGUCGAAUAGCUAACGGUCGGAUCAGUAAUGACUAUGGUAUUGGUGCGUUUACAUUUGUAUCGCGUCAAGGGGCAUCAUUAAUUGACUAUCUACUCGCGAAAGAGCGUGAUUUUGUAAAUAUUAGUGAUUUCAAAGUACACGACUUCAAUGAAUGGAGCGACCAUUGUCCGAUUUCCGUUAAUAUAAACUGUAAUGCAAUGCCCGAGGAAGUAAAUAAUUCAGGAUUUAUGAAAAUUAGAUGGUCAGACGAAUUUAAAUCUGAAUUUCGUUCAGGUAUUAUUGGUUGUUUACCGCAAUUUAACCGAUUAACGGAGGAUAUGUACAUUCAAGAUAGAGCUUCUGUAAAUAACAUUUUAAAUGAAUUCACCGAUACGGUUCGUCAGGUAGCUGACCCUCUGUUUACACGUUAUGUGUCAAAUCGACGCGAUGUACAUUUUGUUGAUAAUCGAACCAAUGAUAAAGAAUGGUUUGACCUUGAAUGUAAACAUGCAAGGCAAAGGUAUAUAGAAGCUCAGCGUGUCUUUAAAAGAUGUAACUCUGACUAUAGUAGAGAGCAGUUUUUGAUGCUCAAAAGCAGAUAUAAACAAAUAGUUAAGAAAAAGAAGAAAAUAUUUGAAAUCAAAAAAUUGCUCAUUUCAGGUUUCCACUCGUUUUUUGGGAGUUUUAUUUGGGUAUUUUUGGCAGUUAAAAGACAUUAUUUUAUUAAGAUUGUACAAUAUAAUAUUGUAUAUUUCAGAUGUUGUUGUUGUCAAGAUUGUUGUAAGAAAGGAGGUAUAGAUUAUGAACUAGAUGACAACUGUUGUCAGUGUAACGUGGUUGCCCUGAAGAAGAUCAGCGGACUUCCUGAUAUGGACCUGGUUUAUGUUACUUACCAUGUAGAUAUAGGUGAAACUCCAUUUUAUGUUGCCCUUGACAACAAACAUAAGAAGAUUGUGAUAUGUGUGAGAGGAACAUUGUCAUUACAGGAUGUUCUAACAGACUUAAAAGCUGAUGCUGAACCUUUACCAUUAGAUCCAACCAAAGAGGACUGGCUCGGUCAUAAGGGUAUGGUUCAAGCUGCAAUUUAUAUAAAGAAAAAAUUAAAAGAAGAUCUCAUACUUGCAAAGGCAUUUCAGAAAGCCAAGGAUGUAUCGCAGGAGAAGUAUGACCUUGUAUUAGUUGGUCACUCCCUGGGAGCAGGUACAGCAGCUAUUCUAGCCAUCAUGUUACAACAGGAAUAUCAGGACAUACAGUGCUACGCCUACUCCCCACCUGGUGGUUUACUCAGCUCAGAAUGUGUGGAAGCAACCAAGUCUUUUAUAACAUCAGUUGUAAUUGCUAAAGAUGUUGUACCAAGGAUUGGCUUACAUCAAAUGGAAUUAUUAAGAACUGAUCUGAUCAAUAUUAUCAAGAAAAGUAAAAACCCCAAGUGGAAGAUAAUAUUCAAGGCAUUAUGUUGUGGGACAGAGUCUGCCUCUCAGUUGACAUAUGAUGAUAUAAAGGAGGAUUUUGAGAGGAAUGUAACGAAACAUCCAUCAGAUGAGCUUAUUGGUCUUACAGCACAUAAACCCAUGUUUCCACCUGGUAAAAUCAUCCUGGUUGUGAGAAAACAUUCUGGAGAGAAAAAGGUAUGUGGACAAGUGGAGCCUGUGUAUCAAGCUAUAUGGGCAGAUAACUCUGACUUUCAGGAGGUGUUGGUGUCACCUACCAUGGUUAAUGAUCAUAUGCCAGACAAUGUACUAGAAGCUCUAGAAAAGGUGCUAGUGAAUGUAGCUCCUCCCAAACCAACACGCUUAUUGUCGGAGCCGGAGAGGACAGCCAUGUUGAAACACGAUACGUCCCCUGGAACCCCCGUCACUCCUUCGAUUCAACCAGUGACGGAGCUUGGGGAUCCACCGACUGUUCAUAUAGUGUGUGAGAAACAAAAACAGCUGGGUAAUGUGCCUGUAGAUGUUUAUAUAAAUUCAAACAAUGUAGGUUGGGACACUGCUACUGAGGAAUUGUUACUUAGCCUGGAUAAACAGCAUUUAUUCUCAUUUGGACACAGUCCUAGACUAGAACUGUUAGACUUGGAUGCUGAGCUAAUACAAGCACCAUUAGCUAGUCCCGAGGCUUUGUCUGCUGCAUCAAGUAUAAGUGCUCUCAGUAGAACUGGUUCAAUACCAAAAGGCGAACAAAGGUCUGAGAAUAUGUCCGCAAAACUUGCCACUAUACAACAAUCUCCGGAAAUUUGUGUGAGAAGUGACGAUUCGGCUGAAAAUUUAUGUGAAAAUGAUGACAAAACUGCUUCUUUAAAUUUUAAUACUAAAAACAAUUUAAAUGAAAGUAGAAGUGUUGGGGACUUUUUACGAAGAAACCAAUUUCUACAAACCUCAGAUCUCAGUGCAAUAGCACAUGCUUCCCAAGGCUCUUUAAAUAAUCUUUUACCAAAUAUGGAUUACACUAACAGUCAAGAAGGUUUGGAUAAAGACUCUCAAAGCAUAGAUAUUGCAUUUACUCAGCAAGAUAGUAACAAUUCCGACUCAAAAUCUCAACAAGAUCCAAUAAACAUGAAUGAUGAUGAAAAAGUGAAACUUGAGAAUGAAGAAAAUGAAAAGUUGGAUAGCAAAGUAGUAGAAGAAGAAGAGGAAGAAGAAGUAUAUGAGCGGCAUUCUCCUGUAGAAACUACUCAGUAUGGUUAUUUUGAUCCUAAUGAGAUAUAUUCAGCAGCAAGUGUGGGCUAUCACCCACAGCUGUUUGUAGCUCCAGCCAAGCCCCUCAAACUGUCUGAAAGUCAGAAACUAAAUUCUCAUCCUUCUAAUAAAGUUUUACAAUACUCCCAUUCUGAAUCAAGAUUAAAAGGUUUAUCUGAGGAGUAUCAAAUGAAACGUUCAACUGAAGAAGGAGACAUUGCCCAUUUAAAAGACACAAGUGAUGUGUUUCUAAAUGAUAAAUCCUUAAAAAAGAACUUCAGGACACGUGGAAGUGAGCCAGCAUUUAACCCUAAAAGUUUACCAAAGUUCUGCAGUGAAGAUAAACUAUCUUCUGUACAGGAACAAGAAAAUAUUGAUUCUGAAAAUUGUGAUAUUUCUAAUAAAACUUCGGGAAAUGAGAGAUACUGUGAGGAUAGGGGAAAUUCUGAGGAUGGUAUUCAUAUGGCUGAUAGGAAAUUUAAUCCAGCUGAAAACGAUCAUACCUGUGUUGACCUUGAUGAGAUAGAAGAAAAUAAUUCAGAUUCAGAUAAUAAUGAUAAGACAUGUUUAUUAAAAGGAAUGGAUUCAGACUCAGAAGGUAGGACUAUCACAGAGUCUGUUAGACCUAAUUCAGAAACUGGUCACAGGAAAGAUAACUGUAACAUGGGUCGUAUAUCAACUUUAAGUAGCCCAGAUGAUGGUGAUACUAGAUUAUUUCAUAGUAACUCGUGCCAUUCUACAUUUGCUAGCUCAACUAGCGGGGAAUCAGAACAACGUUUAUCUCUUAUAUCGGCUAAUUCUGAGGACCUACCUAUUGUGGAAACUGAUGUAUAGAUACUUAAGAUUUCCUAAGCCUCCCCCUUCCUUUGUUAAUCAUUUUAAAUUUGUAGUUAGAAAAUGCUUUGGGUGACUGUUAUGAUCAUAUAUACAUGUGUAUUAUUUUUCUAACAUUAUCCAUAAUAGGAAUAUUCAAUACAAGUUGUUUGUAACUGUUUUACCCUUUAUUUUUAGUACUUAAACAUUUCACAUAAUAUAUAUCUUUAAGGCUGUUAUGAAAAUCUGACAUUUUUUUUUUAUUAUAAACUAAAGGAGAUCUUGUGGGUGUUGAAUCAAUCAGUAUUAAUAUCUUUAGUAUAGUUUAUGGCUUAUUUACAUUUAAUGUUCAGUAAUAAUGCAACUUAAAUAAAUGACUUUCCUAAUGCACCCUAACACCCUUUCUGGUUGUCCCUCCCAAUUCUUUGGCUUUAGUCAGGACUUUGGCAGCUGGUUGUUAAAUUGUGAGAGUUGCUCGACUCUUCCUGGAUCUGCCCUCCAUGUCCAAAAACUGCACCCAGGAUCUUAACCUGCCAGAGCUUUCUUGGUGAAAAGAAGUCCAUGAAAGCUUCAAAUCUGCCAAUGUCCUUUGCCUCUUCACAAUGUGCACAUACCAAGGGGUGAGACAUUUAUUGAUUAAUAUUGUAACACUCUUUUUAUAGUAACUUUGCCUUUGUUGUAUCUUAAAGGUCAUGGUAAUUUCCUUCAUUUGUCCCUUCUGUUUCCAACUACAAGUCUUGUUGUUUUUAUCUUUUGUAUAUUUGGUUUAACCUUCUAAUGUAACAGCCUCUAGAUUGAUUGACACAAAAGCCGCCUUGCUUCCAUCAUUAUUGACAGAAUUAACUGAAGAAUUUAAUGAAAUCUUGUUAAGGAAGCAAUUUAUAGUUUAGGUUUGUAAAGUUGGGUGAUUUCAUGACUUGAUGUCAGAGUUUAUAAUCAAUUCCCUUCCAUUAGUUUUUGUUCCAUAACAUAAACUAGAGGUCACAGCCAGUAGUUUCCAUUAACAAGUCUACAAAAUGUAUCAAUAAUUUGUCUGUACAGAUAUCUAAAACAUGAGGCUUCUCCAAUAGGAAUACUUAAUCUUUCUCCUCUAGGAAUACUUAAUCUAAUUAUUUAUUGUUAAGUGGGUUAAUGGCAAUUUACAAAACUGAAUAUAUUCAGCAUAAUUUCCAUCAUGGAA